UCUAUAUAUCAGCAGCUGUGACCGUGAUAUAUUCUAUUCUGUGUAUCGUGCUUAUAAGUUGUUGUUCGAUUGCACUAAUUGAUAAGAAAUAUAUUUGAUCUUGAUAGUCAAUAUUAACUAUUUAAUACUAAUAUCAAAAAUUAAAAUAGUAACAAAUUGUUUAUUUAUUUCUCAUUUUAACUAAAUAUUUUACUUUCCAUUUCAUGCCACGCAAAUCGCAAGCAUAAAGAAUGAUUUUAUAAUAUUCUUGUACACUAUCCUAUACUAAGAACGUGUGUUGAAUUGCAAUUAAAAUGUCUGAAGCAAAAAAUGGAGAUUCAAAUCCUUGCUUGCAGGAACAGAGGUUAUCAUUCAAAUGCUUACAAGAUAAUUUUGGUGAUAAAACUCAAUGUGAACCACAAAUAGAAAAUUACAAAGACUGCAAAACAUUUUGGUACAAUAUUUUCAAAGAACGGAAAAACAAUAAAAUAAAGCCAUAUAUGCCAUCAUUAGAAGAAAGGAUAAAAAUUAAGAAGGAAUACAUGAGUGGUCAAUAAAACAUUAAAAUAUUGUAUAACUAAUAAUAUGAUGUAUUAUAAUAUAUUGUUUACUACAA